UUCUUGGGUUUKGCAUCAACCUGAUCAAGAKUCACGAAGUGCAGAUAUCUGUUUAAAAAAACGCAAAACUAGAAUGGGGCGCUUGUUGGUUGUAAGUCUGACGCUUUUGGUUCUGUCUGGUUGUCUCGUCGACGCAAAAAAGCGCACAGAGAAAAAGGAACAAAGUGGUUGCUCCAAGUCGAAGAAAACUUGCAUUGAUGCACUUGGAGCCUCUGGAAAAAUUCGAGUGGCACUUAAUGGUAGAAAGACCUCGGACUCGGACGCCUUCACCCUUUCAUUCGAUUAUAUCAGAGAAUUGGAUGUUAGCGGCAAUGCAAUCAAGGGAAAAGCGGGUCAUUCUUAUGAAAACUUCGCUAAGGCAAAGUUUGCAUUUUCAGAACUCGAAGAAACAACCAUCCAGGGAGUCAAAGCAACAAAGUUCGACUUCCAAGGAACUCUUGACGGGCCAAGCGCCAUCAUGACAGUAACAAUAUAUAUCAUCAAAGAAGAAAAAAAUAUCACACUGUGUGAUAACUCAACAUAUACCGUGCAGGAAGGCGUAAUAAAGUAUAAUGUCGAGCUGAAAAACUGGACGUUUUGUGGCGGUGUUGGAGGCGCAGACUGUAAAGGCAAGGAGGGGAAGUACAUUGACUUUGGAAUAGAGAUGAAAAAGAAGGACGAUAAAGCAAAAAGUGAAGAMGACAAAGGAAAAGGAAAAGACGGCAAGGAGAAGAAGCGAGGAAAGAAAAUCAAAAUGGGUCCUAUAGAUAUGAAUUUGCCUGAUGCCGUGGAUGUUGAUAAUGGAUGCAGUAAGCUGGCUGAGAUAAGCCUUAAGACUCAAGGAUCCAAGCAGCUACUUAACCUCCGUUUCCCACGAUUCAAGAACGUGAUCCUUUAUGAUCCUUUCCUCACUGGCGAUUCGGAAGGAAAUGAUGGUUCGAGGUUGGCUGCUAACCUCUCCUUCAUUUUCAUCGCACUCAUGGCUGCUUACAUCCAACUUUUCUAUUAGCUGAAGCACUACUAUUUUGUCAUUUGUAUUCCACGAUUUUAUUGCUUGCACAUAUGCACAAGAAAUUAUCCAAAUUGCACAAUAUUCUAUUCUUUUUUUUUUUUUUUGAUGCUCGCAAAAACCGCUGAUCGCAGCCUAAUUUCACAGCGGACUCAAACCAUGGAAAAUUGCUGAUAACAGCUUUUUUUGGAUUUCUUUUGUGUUUGCGAAAGAGACCGUCUAAAAAAGCAGGUCAGUUAACGAGAUCGUUUUGGAUUCGKCAGCGUAUGACCUUGUUUUGCAUGUUGAAUUUUCCUUUUUUUUUUACACCGCUUUUAGUCGUACACUAUUUAGUAACUCUAUAAUAAUCAUUUGUUCGAUGUUGUGUGUAAUAGCUUGCUACUCGAGAAUUUUCCAGCCGGGUCUACCACAAGCAAAGGUAAAAACACCUUGUAACUUCAGACUAAAAUCCAAACUUGUUCCCAGUUUCUUUUCCUGAGAUUGACUUGCUAACAGGUACAGUCAUAUUGACAAUGAAACUAGAGACUCACUCAAUUUUCAUUCAAAGGAUAACAACAACAAUUUAUAAUCAUCAUGCACAAUUAGCUUGGAAAAAUACUGAAUAAAAUUUAUUCAUUUAUUAUUCGUGAAUAAAGAGUUGUCGCAAAUC